AAUAAAUGAAAGAAUUUCAAAAUAAAAAAGAACAUACGAUUCCAUGUCAAACUAUGAAAUAAAUACAUGUAUUCAUUUCCAUGUCAAAACAUAAAUAAACAUAUACUUUUAUUUCGAAAUAUGAAAGCAUUUAAAUUAAAUGCCAAAACCAAUCCCUAUUUCCUGAUCUAUUUAUAUAAAACUGCAUAAACAAAUUACAGGUAGAUGAUUAAUCUUUGAAAUUAUUUUUUUUUUUUAUAAACCUCACAAAACAUUUUCAAAAACUAUGACACACCGGAUUUUUUUGAUUUUUUUUAUGAAUUAUUAUAUAUCAAACAAUGUACAGGUAAACACAAUCUGAAAAUUCCAUUCAUUUCCACAUUUACUGCACUAAAUAAUUAUUUUUAAAAAGUGCUCCUAUCUAUCAAUUACACAAUUUACUGUAGUAAGUGUACGUGUGUGGGACACAGGUAGGCAGACCACAGAGCUGCCUCAUUUCCUAUCGCCGAUCGUAUAUGCAAAGUAUGACAAUAAAACAACACCUUCAUUCAUCAUUAUUCAUCAAGGAAAACCAAGCAAACGUAAGUUAAAUGAUGUACGUCACAGGCGCCAUCUCCGUCAUCAACACUGUUCAAAACCAUCGGCAUUCUGUCAGAUGCAUUAAAAGAAGGAAAAGGUUUUAUAAUGAGGAUAAUCCUGAUUCUUGGAAUCAUCAUUUCCAUUUCAUCAACUUCUAAUGGGCAGUUACCAUUUGAAUUUUCACCAGAGGAACUUAGCAAUGCUGAGGCAGACUUUAUUGACUUUGUGCUGAGUAACCCCGAUCUAUUAUUCAACAACAUUGACAGUGAGACAACCCCCAAGGAACAAACAACAAGUCAACCCCCAACGACAACACCAAAGUCAACUGAAUUCCCCGACCAGACAGUAACUGACCCCCACACAGAGACCGAUCAGCCAGACACUGGUAAUGUGGGGGAGACACCAGGGAACACAGACUCUGGGCACGGACUGGUGGUGGAGAAUGGGGUGGUGCGUGACCCAGUCACUGGAAUCAUCACCCACGUGAUGGAUAUUCAUGAUGGGGAGCUUUUAGAGGUCAUACAGAGUGAGAUUACAGGUGGUCAUAUAAUUGACCCCCACACUGGGGAGUUUAUUCUUUUGUCUGAGAUCUCUCCUUUGAUAGGAAAUACACCAGAAUCUGUGACGCCAAGCACAACUGUCACUUUGUCCUCUGGGGACUCUACCACAGCUAAUCCUCAAGAGCCAACACCAACAAGUGAAACAGGAGCCAUAAACAAUAACAAAAUAAUAAACGGUGUAAUACGACAUCCAGCCACUGGUCAGAUCACCCAUGUAGUAGAUCCCCAUGAUGGUGCUCAUCUAGAAGUUUCUAUCAGCCCAAUAUUUGGGGCCCAUGUAUUUGAUCCUCAUACAGGAGACCUGAUUAUUGCUGAUGAUCAUGCUAUGGAAUUUGGAACAGUGGACGUUCAGCCACAAACAUCAACAGAGGCCCCACAACAAGUUACAACAACAUCAGAGGCUAUAACAGAGGAGACCAUUACAACAAAGCCCACAACAACCACAACAGAGGCUACAACAGAAGCUAUACCCGAGGCUAUAACACCUAUAGUAAAGGCUACAAAUACCACAAUUGAAGCUAUGAGCACUACAACAGAAGCUUCAGUUGCAAUAACAGAAGCUGUACCCACCACAACAGAGGCCCCAGCCGCAAUAACAGAGGCUACAGCUACAGAAACAACAACCAAUGCAAUACAACCAAAAGUAACAACUCCAGAAGCACAAACUCCAGAAGCACCAACUCCGGCACCAGUGGAGACUACUACAAAGCGUGCAGCAAACCAAGAAGCUACAACAGUGUCCCAUAAGCUGGGAACUGAGCAUACACAAGAGGACCAUCUACAUGACCAUGGUAUCUAUGUCAAUAAAUUUAUACCAUCUGGCAGUGGGUCAGAGGAAAAACAGAAAAGCAGCACAGGGAGAAGAAAGUUUGGAUCAAUGAAAGGAAUAUCCUCUGUUUUGGAUAAAUACAAGUCAGAAUACUUAAAGAGAAGAAAGGGUGGUAAGGGAAAUGAUACUGAUGUACCUAACAUUAAUACAGUACUAAAAUGGAUUGAAAGAAGAAAAAACACAUUCAAAAAGUAUUUAAAAGAGAAGAAGCAAGUUGAAGAAGAAAAGAAACAAAACCCAAGAAAAUCAUUUCAAGUUCUAGAUUUAGGAAAUUAUUUCCCAAGUCUACAAAGAAAUAAAUUUGGGGGACUGGAAGGAAGGAAAAAGUGGAUGCCAGCAGGUACAACAUCUGGUUCGACAUCUUCAUCAGUAGGAGAAGAAAGCAAGCCUAGGUCAGAAUCAAACAAGGGUAGGGCUAAUUUAAACAGACUGCGAAAUCCUUUCCUUCAGAAAAAUAAUGCAGCUGAUAAAACAGGAAACCAGCCUAACACAGAUAGAAGGAAUCGUUUCCAGGUCUUGAUGGCCAGAAAACUCGAAAAGCAAAGAAAACAAACAGUCAAAAACAUUAAACAGGAAACAACAACACCUAUUGUAAAUGCCAUGACACCAAAGGUGACCAAUGAAAAGCCACAGACAGAUACAGUGAAAACAGGAAGGAGACGGAAAUUCAAUAACUUCUUCCGGAACAGAAAACUCCUUUCUAAAAGUUCCGACUCCCAAGACAAUGUGAACAAAAAUGAGAAUACAGAAGGCAAUGUGGCAGAUUAUUUGAAUGGCUUAAAGUCAAAAGUGACUGAAAACACCAAUGUGUCAGGGAAAAACAAUCAAACACCUGACAGAUAUGUGGCUGGUCUUGCCAGAAAAAUAAACAAUAAAAUAGUAGCAAGAAAUCCAGAAAACGUGAAGCUAAGGAAAAACAAGUGGGAUAAAUCAUACUUAGCUGACCAACCUAAAAUUUAAUGUAUAAUGAUAUCUCUUAUAGUAUUUUUAGUUUUAUUUUUAGUUGUUUUAUUUAUUUAAUAAAUUUUGAAACAGGGAAAGUUUUUUUUUUUUAUACUUGUAGUUGAAAUCAAAACAAUUUAUAAAAACCAUCCUUAAUUUACCCGUAUGUUCAAUGAAUGAGCAUGCUUGACUCAAUGCAUCUAAUUAAUAAAUUAUUAUGGAUGGAUGGCUACAAUGCCUACAAAAAUUUACCAGGACCAGGGAUGGGGUAAUGGUAAUUUGUAAUGGUAAUUGAGUGUAAUUAAUUACAAAUUUUGAUGUAAUUGAAAGUAAUGUGUAAUUGGCCAAAAUUUCAAUUACAUGUAAUGGUAAUUUAAUUAAUUACUUUCAAAAAAGGCAUGUAAUUUCAAUUACUUUUCAAUUACAUUCAAUUACACACUAAUGUACAUAUAAAUGUACAGCUGUCCACUACCCAUUGUUCCCCACACUAUCAAUGGUACAAGGUCAAGAUAGAAAGAGUAGUUAAAAAAAGUAUUGAACUAUUGUUAUAUAUACCAUACUAAAUAUUUUUCACAAAGAAUAUUAUUAGUGAUUCAAUAUUUAAUCAUAAGUUUCCCAAUUUUAAUUAAAUACAUGAAUUUGAUGAUUUGCUUGAUCUUUUUCUUUUCUCCAAAAAUACUUAUUGCCCUUCUUAUUAGAAUAAUUAGUGUGACAAUUAUCAUUGAAUUAGUUUAAAAAAUCACUGUUUAAUUUAAAAACAAAAUCCGUGUUACCUAAAUUAUAUAAACUAUCAAGUCAUGCUUUUUUAUUGAUAGUCUAAAAUACAUAAAGCUGAAUACAUGGCUUCAAAUGGGUUUUAAGUUUUUGAUGCCUAACAUGUCCACAGGGUUUGUUCCCUUAUUGUAAAAAUUUGAUAAUUACAUGUAGGUACAGAACAACAGGUGUGAAUUGUGUUUUGAUAACAAUUAUUGUCUGUCCUCUACCUGAGAUUAACCUGUAUUUUGGUAUUGUAUUUAUACUUAGAAAAGAAUAGUGGAUAAAAAUGCAAAGGAGAAAGUUCUCAUAUAAUAGUUUUGCAUGCAGGAAAUACUUUAGUUGACAUGAUAUGCGGUAUGGGACACCUUCAUAUUGUGACUACCGCGGUACCUGCGUUUUGAAAUAAACAAUAAAACCAAAUUUAUAUAUUUUCUUUCCAAAAAUUGUUACUUAUCAGAGUACUAGUUAUAAGCAAAUUCUCAAACAGUGAAAGUAUUUUGAUUAUGACGAAAUUUUAUUCACAUUAUACACAUACCUCCUUAAAUGUUUAUAUGUUGUUGAUAAAUCAUGGUUAUAGUAAAUUUUGAUGAAAAUGUAAUUUGUAAUUUAAUUAAUUACAUCUGCAAAGUAAUUGUAAUUUAAUCAAUUACAUUUGAAAACUCUUGUAAUGGUAAUGGUAAUUUAAUUGAAGAAUUUAAGUAAGUAAUUGUAAUUCAAUUAAUUACUUUCCAUUGUAAUUGACCCCAUCCCUGACCAGGACUAAAGUUGGAUGAUGCAUGUGUAUUCAACAGAAAAAAAUAAGCCAUAAUUAAUUUUUUUCUUUUUUUGCCAAAUUAUAGACAACAAGAUAUCUGUGAGCCAAUGCUCACUAGUGAUACCCCCGCUCUGAUGUGAAUAUGCAAAAUAAGCAAAGUCGACAUUUAACUGAAAGCUGGCAUCCGAUUGGUACAGAAAUAUAUCCCACAAUAUGGCAUGCCUAAACAAAUUGUGUGUUAAAAUUUCAAGCAUCUGCGAUAAAUAGCUGCUGAGAAAUCUUUGAGGAAAAUUUGUUUGAAAAUUUUGGCCAAAAUAAACUAAGUACUCAUUUAACAUGAAGUUGACGUCUAAUUGGUACAAAAAUAUAUCCCACGGUAUGGCAUGCCUUAACAAACACUGUGUAAAAAUUUCAAGCAUCUGCCAUAAAUAGCUGCUGAGAAAUCUUUGACGAAAAUUUGUUUGAAAAUUUUGGCUAAAAAUAAACAGUCAUUAUUUAACAGGAAGUUGACGUCCGAUUGGUACAAAAAUAUAUCUCACAAUAUGGCAUGCCAAAACAAAUAGUGUGUUAAAAUUUCAAGCAUCUGCUAUAAAUUGUUGCUGAGAAAUCUUUGACGGAAAUUUGUUUGAAAAUUUUGGCUAAAAAUAAACAAAGUUGUCAUUUAACAGGAAGUUGAUGCCCGAUUGGUACAAAAAUAUAUCCAAAGAUUUGGCUAGCCUAUAUAAAUAUUGUGUAAAAAUUUCAAGUAUCUGCAAUAAAUAGUUGCUGAGAAAAUUUUGAUGAAAAUUUGUUUGAAAAUUUUGGUUAAAAAAUAAGCAAAGUCGUCAUUUAACAGGAAGUUGACGUCCGAUUGAUACAAAAAUAUAUCCCACAAUAUGGCAUGCCAAAACAAAUAGUGUGUAAAAAUUUCAAGCAUCUGCGUUAAAUUGUUGCUGAGAAAUCUGUGACGAAAAUUUGUUUGAAAAUUUUGGUUAAAAAAUUAUCAAAGUUGUCAUUUAACAGGAAGUUGACGUCCGAUUGGUACAAAAAUGUAUCCCACGAUAUGGCAUGCCUUAACAAACACUGUGUAAAAAUUUCAAGCAUCUGCGAUAAAUAGUUGCUGAGAUAAAUACGACUGAAAUUUUUGUUACUGACGGACAGACAGACAGACAGACAGACGGACGGACAGACAGAUGGACGGACAGACAGACACACAAGGGUAAAACAGUAUACCCCCUCUCCUUCGGAGCGGGGGUAUAAAAAUGUUUUAUUCAAAUAGGUGCUAUGAUAAAUCUUGUUUAUAUUUUACAAAAGAAAUCAAUCUCCAUAUGAAAAGUCAAGUGCCUGUAAAAUGUAGUACAGUCAAACUUCGUUAUCUCGAACUGGAUGGGACUAUUUAAAAACUUCAAGAUAUCCGAGUAUUCAAGAUAUUGAGGGUAAAAUAUUUAAAAAAUAAGUGGUUGGGACUUAAAAAUCACUUCAACAUAUCCAUUGUAUUCGAGAUAUCAGUGUUCGAGAUAUCAAAGUUCAACUGUAUUUACCAGUUUUAAAUUAGACAAACUUGGUUUUAGCUUGGUUUCAGCUACACCUUAAUUACAUUUAAACUGUUUCAAGCAUGAAGCAGAGCUUGAAACACCUGGCACUUAAACUGUUUCAAGCAUGACGGAAACAGUUUAAGUUCCUAUAAAUCAUUCUGAUAGAGAGAUAAAUUAACCACCUAGAUCUAUGUAUCAAUUUUUAAAUACCAUUAUACUAGUAGAUCAGGAUGUGACUGUUGGAACCAUUUUUAUACAAGGGAAACAUAAUUUUAGUCAUUAUCAUUGACAAACAAGCCCUAUAUCUACAUGUACGUGUAGUUAUGUUAAUUUAAUGAAAAUGUGUACCUUAGUAAUUAUAUUUAUAAAUAUACAGGUAUUCUUAUAUCAAAAAUUUUUAAAAGCGUCAACAAUACCUAAGCUACAAAUUAUGAGAUCAUUAGAUCUAAAAUCCUGCAAACAAAUUAACACAGAGACAGUUGCUGAUGAAAUCUAUGCUCGUCAAAAGACCUAGCUGACAUGUGUGAAUAAAAAUAUGAAAUUAUGACAUGCAAAUUGUUAAACAUGCAUCAUAUAUGCAUAUGAUAUACAUGUACAUAUUUUAUUAUUCUUCCCAUGAAUUUUGAAGGUUAGAAAGUUAAAAGGCAUUUUUUCUUCUUUUGCACAAUUUCACAUCCUUCCAUGAACAUCUGUAGGCUGUAGCUGACAAUUAUAAACUCUGAUAUACCGGUAAUCGUAGGCUUAGGAAAUGUACCUUCUCAUUUAUAUGGUACAUGUAUAUUUUACAAAAUCAACUGUACUGAGGAACCCAUGAGAUUGCUUAGAGGUCACGUGAUGGUCAGUGUUUAGAGGUUUCUCAAAUUGUAUAGACGUGGAUUUUGGUGUUUUAGCAGUUUGGAUAAUUAAGGAUUUUAUUGCUUAUAUCGGAACUUUCCAUCUCUAGUGCAGAUUAUUGUAUAUUGAUUGUAUGAUAAACGAAGGAAUUUGCAGUUCUACCUCUGUAAUUAAAUGCAGUGAAAGUUAGGGAAUUUUUGGUAAAAUUAUCAUCAAAUUUCAUAUUCAAUAUAAUAUUCAUUUAAUUUUCAAUUUUCUCACGUAAAACUCAGAUGAGCUGCAUCAAUAUUCCUUUGAACACUUACACAAAUUUAAGCUUUAUCAAAAAAUAUAACUGGUUACUUUAUUAUUAUAUUAAUUUGGGGUGACAGUUCAAUAAGUGACAAUGAAAACAAGCAUUUAUUAACAUUAGUUUAUAAUUUUAUCAAAAAUACUGAAAGAUUUAACUGAUCUUAUAACUACUAGAACAUCGUUGUUUACUAUAUACAUGUCAAUUGCAUUUAUGUAUACGUCCAUUCUAUCCACUGACCUUUAUUUAUGUUGUGUACACAUAUUUUGUAUUAUAUCUUUGUAUUGGGAGAGGGCGGUCUAAGUUAUAGAACUUGUG